AUGUUCUCCUGCGCCAACUAUCCUCGCGGGUGCCGUGGCCGCGCCAAUAUCGAUGGAGGAAAAUGCCCUGAUUGUGUGUCACUUAAACUCCGGCGGCCCUCAGGAUCUUCAUCACCCUUUGCACAACCCAGAGACUACCGACGAGCCCUACCAUCAGAGCUCCUGAACGACUCGCCUUACCGAGCCAUCGUCCAGGACCUGUGA